AUGAUUAGAAAAAUUGGGGAAAAUAUUACUGCUCUUAAGGUGAAAAUAUUUCAUAAUGACAAAAAUAAUGGAAAUCCUGCAUAGAAUGAGCAAAAUUCAAUUCAAUAAAAUGAUAAUACAAUCAUUUUAAACCCUGAAAACUAAUCCAAUAAUGUUUAAGCAUCAAAUGAUAAUCAGAAAGAAAUAAAUUAAUCGUUUAAAUAAGAAAAUAUAAAACAAGGAGAUUAAAAAAAUGUUUAACCAAAAGAUAAUCUUGAUCAAUAAGCUAAUCAGGUAUAAGACUAAACAGUCAGCAAGAAUUUAAAAUUGAGUUUUUCAGAGUAAAUAUAAAAAAAGAUUGGAAUGGGAAACGAUGCUCUCAAAAAUGCAAUAAAAAAGGCUUCAGGAUAAAUAAAUGAAAUUAAAAAUACAGUCUCAAACGAGUACUCUGCUAUGGAUUAAAAAUAUAAAGAUAUUAUGAGAUAAUAAAAAGACAAAUUUAAUAUAUGGAUAAGAUUGAAAGUAGAAAAUGCAAUAUUAAAAAUUCUUGAAAAGUAGAAGCCUAAAGUAAAACGACUUGUUACAGAUCCUUAUAUGUUUAAGUCAAUUAAGUAAGUCAUUCAUGAUAUGGUUGAUGAGAUAUGGCCUAGUAUAGAGGAGUCAAUUAAAGAUGCUUUAAAACCAGAAGGAUAUGAAAGAAUGCCUAUCAAUAUUGUGGAGGAAAAGCCAAAGAUCAAUUGUUUAUUAUAUCCUUGGUAUUUACUUAAGAGUUGGUAUUUAUACACAACAACAGCAUAUAAUAGAACAAUAUGGCAAAAGAUUAGGAGAUUUUCAUGGUGGUUUAUACUGCUUAUAAAUCUUUUUCCACUUUAUGGUGCUUCAAGCUUUCUUUAUGGUUUUUACUUUCUCUUGAUCGAUAAAUAAGAUGAAUGGCAACUUCUUCUUUAUAUUGUUUCGUUUAAAAAAAUGUAAUUCUUUAGUGUGGGUGUAACUGGAUCUCUUCUUGGCUAUGCCUUGUUUUUCUUUUGUUCAACUGUAAACGACUAUAAUUCUGUUUCGGAUUACUAUAAAUGUAAAAACAAUGGCCCUGGUUCAAAAAUAAACAUCGUUAGUGAUAUAGUUGGAUUUUUGCUACAGAUAGUACUAUGCUGGAUUGCUUUUUUACUUCUGCCUUGCUCCAAACAAAAAGGACAAAUUCUCUAUGCUACUAUGAAAAAGAAUUUCUAAAAUAAAUAGCUUUUGGACAACAUUAGGAAGAGUGAAUUAGAUUUAUCAAAAAAUUAGUCAUAAAACUAAGCUGUCAUAGAUGAAUAAAAUUAGACUAAAAUAUACAACAUCAACUACAAUAACUCUUAAAUACAAAAUGAAGAGGAUGAAAAUUAAGAAACUGAUUUCUGUUGUUUAAAGCUAUCACAAAAAAAAGGAGGAAGAAUCAAAUUCUUUAUGAUUUAUGAUAUUUUUAUUUUUGCAAUUUGCUUAGCUUUAAUAAUACUUGCAUUAAUAUUUUAUGAUGACUCAGAAGAUUGGUAAAAAUAUCAAUUUGUUUACCUGAUGAAGACAGUAUAUGGAUUUUUUAACUUCCCAUGGCUUGUUUUUCUUUUCUCUCCAAUGAUGAAGCUUUUGACUAAAGCUAAAGAAACAGGAUAUGAUAGAUAUGGAGUUAUUCAGCUCAUGUACAUAAACAAAGCUGAAAAUAAGAAGAAGAGGUAAGAAGAGUUGCAAAAAGAAAAAUCAAAGAAGUUACCUAGUCAAUAGCAUUUGUAAGACAUAUAAAAAGGAGACAAUAAUUAGAGUAAUAUUUCUAAUAACAAUCAAAACGAUCUAGAAAAGUAAGGAUUGCUAAAAGAAGAACUGAAUAUAGAAGAACUUAUACAACAAUGA